AUGACGAGCACGAGAACCAAGAUUGGCCAUGGCCUAGCCAAGGUCUUGGGCAUAAAGCUUGAACGGCCUGAGAACGAAGAGAUGCUGCGCGGCGAAUCUGUCUUCUCAGUCCAGUCAUCAGACACCUUCGUGGAAGAGGAGCCAACAACCGCAGAAUGGUUUUUGGAGCUCCUCCCCACAGGCGAUGAGGCCCUCGAAUACCUUCGUUCCCUAUUCCCAUUCCUCAACUGGAUCGGUCAUUACAACAUGCAGUGGUUCCUUGGUGACCUCGUUGCCGGCGUUACAGUCGGCGCUGUUGUGGUUCCCCAGGGUAUGGCUUACGCUUUGCUCGCGAAGCUUGAUCCCGAGUUCGGUCUCUACUCAUCCUUUAUGGGUGUCAUUAUCUACUGGUUUUUCGCUACUUCUAAGGAUAUUACUAUUGGCCCUGUGGCUGUCAUGUCAACUGUCGUCGGCAACCUUAUCACCGACGUCCAAGCAGAAUUUCCCCAAUACCAAGGCCAUCAAAUUGCGUCAGCACUGGCCAUCAUUGCUGGCGCUAUCAUUUUGUUCAUCGGCUUGAUUCGUAUGGGAUGGAUUGUCAACCUAAUCUCGCUGACCUCUUUGUCUGCCUUCAUGACUGGCUCUGCCAUCAGUAUCGCUGUCGGUCAACUCACGACGUUGAUGGGCAUCAAGGGUGUAAACACGCGCGAGGCUACCUAUAUGGUAUUCAUUAAUACCCUCAAGAACCUUCCCAAGACGAAGAUGGAUGCGGCUAUGGGUUUGACUGCACUGGCAUGGCUCUACCUGCUUCGAUACGUCUUCACUACCGCCGCGAAACGAUACCCUCAAAAGUCGAAGCUGUUCUUCUUCCUCUCAACCUUGCGCACGGUGUUCGUUAUCUUGCUCUACACCAUGAUCAGUUGGCUGGUCAACAUGCAUAGGCGAGACAACCCAAUGUUCAAGAUUCUGGGAGAAGUGCCUAGAGGUUUCCAAGAUGUCGGCACCCCGAAAAUCGACACCCAUCUCAUCAGUGCCUUUCUGCCAUUCCUCCCGGCCAGUGUUAUCGUUCUGGUUAUCGAGCACGUAGCCAUUUCUAAGUCUUUCGGUCGCGUCAACAACUACACCAUUAACCCUUCUCAGGAGUUUGUGGCUAUUGGUGUUACUAACGUCAUCGCUCCUUUCCUCGGCGGUUAUCCUUCCACCGGAUCCUUCAGUCGUACGGCCAUCAAGUCCAAGGCUGGUGUCAGAACACCUUUCGCCGGUGUCAUUACUGGUCUUAUCGUCUUACUUGCCAUCUACGCCUUGACGGCCGUGUUCUUUUACAUUUCCAGUGCCUCUCUCGCAGCAGUCAUCAUCCACGCCGUCGGAGACUUGAUUACGCCUCCCAACACCGUUUACCAGUUCUGGCGUGUAUCCCCGCUUGAGGUUGUCAUCUUCUUCGUUGGUGUCUUUGUUACCAUCUUCUCUUCCAUCGAGAACGGUAUCUACGCGACCGUCUGCAUUUCCGCUGUCCUUCUUCUGUGGCGCAUCCUUAGGGGUCAGGGCCGUUUCCUCGGCAAGGUCAAGAUCCACUCCGUCAUCGGCGACCACGUUAUCGGCGACGACCAUAGACAAGUCGUUGGCGAGUACGGAACCUUCGACGCCGGCGACAACGCCGCUCGCAAUGUCUUCCUCCCGAUUGAUCACGGCGAUGGCACCAACCCUGAGGUCUCGCUUGACAGCCCCUAUCCCGGUAUUUUCAUUUACCGCUUUUCUGAGGGCUUCAACUAUCCCAAUGCUAGCCAUUCUCUGGAGUAUCUUACCGACUAUAUCUUCAAGCAUACUCGCCGUACGAAUUUAGAUGCUUAUGGCAGCAUUGGCGAUCGCCCGUGGAACGACCCGGGCCCGUCUCGCAAAGCCAAGAAGGCUCAGGCCCAGCUUGCCGAGGCUGAGAGCAAGCCCACCCUCAAAGCCAUCAUUCUCGACUUCAGCUGUGUCAACAACGUCGAUCUUACCUCCAUUCAGCAGCUCAUUGAUGUUCGCAACCAGCUCGAUCGUUACGCUGCCCCUGACAAGGUCAACUGGCACAUUGCCUGUAUUAACAACCGCUGGACUAAGCGUGCGCUCGUCGCUGCCGGUUUUGGAUAUCCUGCCGACCGUGGCGAUGGCCUACAGCACAGAUGGAAGUCCAUCUUCAGUGUGGCAGAGAUUGGUGGCGCUGAAUCUGCCGCUUCUGUUGCGGAGAAGUUGGCCAACGAGAAGGAGAUCUCGUCGCAUGGCAAGUCCUCAAGACAAGCAGAUGAAGAAUUGGGCAAGAGUGGUGGAGCAUACGACGAGAUAGAUCCUGUCGCCUCGUCGGGAAUGCACCAUGAGCAGCGUAGGGAGCGAACUGCCAAGCGGAGGGGUGUUGUUGUUCAUGGCCUUAACAGGCCGCUGUUCCACGUCGAUCUGACGAGCGCGCUGCAAAGCGCUAUCGCAAACAGUGAGGGAAGAGGAGAUGAAGCUCACGGAUCAAAGAACGUGGAUACAUCUAGUGAUUAA